CAAAAUAAAAAAAUUUUAAUUUUCGGGUGUAAUUUUUAUUUAUCAUUUUUAAAUCGAAAAAAAAGACUAAAUUGUGUUUGAAAAAUGCACGAUUUUCUUGAAGAUAAUAAUGUCUGUGGUCAAAAUCUAUUACGAAUCGUUUCACAAGGUAAUGCUAUUAUUGCUGAAAUUCAUCAUCUUGCCGAUAUGGUACCGAAUGUAUUUCGAAUGGAAACAAUCAACAACAGUUCAAAUAAUCGUCAGAAUAUAAAUAAUAAUCAAUUCAAUGAUUUAAUAAUGGAUUUUAAUUAUUUCAAAUCAUCUGAUGCAAUUGAAAAACGUAUCGAAAAUGAUGAAAAAUUAUUGAUCAAAGAUGAAGAAUUUCGUGAAACAUAUAUUGAAUUAUUGUCAAAAUUUUACCUGUUAUUCGAAAGUAUACAUCGUUAUGCAAUCGAUUUGGAACGUUAUUUAACCGAAUUAGAUGAUGGAAUCUAUAUACAACAAACAAUCGAAACUGUAUUGAUGGAUCAUGAUGGUAAACAAUUAUUAUGUGAAGCUUUAUAUCUGAUGGGUAUAAUUUUAUUGACAAUGGAUCGUGAAAUCAAUGGAAUUGUUCGUGAACGUAUACUAGUCUCUUAUUAUCGAUAUUCAGCAUCUCGUUCUUGUGAUUCUCGUAUUGAUGAUGUUUGUAAUUUGAUUCGUUCAACCGGUUAUUCAUCCAACUUAAAACGGCCAUCCAAUUAUCCGGAAGAUUUUUUCAAACGUACUAAAAUUCGUACCAGUUUUGUACGAUUAAUUAUUGGUCGUUUACGUUCCGAUGAUGUUUAUAAUUUAUCAUCUGUUUAUCCUAAACCAGAACAUCGUUCAGUUGGUCUAUCCACACAAGCAUCAAUGUUAUUUGUAUGUUUAUAUUUUGUACCGGACAUUUUAUCAAAUGAAUUUGCAAUAAUGCGUGAAAUAGUGGAUAAAUUUUUUGCUGAUAAUUUUGUUAUUUCUAUAUAUAUGGGAACUAUUGUUAAUCUAAUUGAACAUUGGGAUCCAUAUAAAGCAGCUAAAGCAGCAUUAAACAAUACAAUUGAUAGUAAAAAUAUACGAAUCCUAGCACAAAGAUUUCGUAACGAAAUGAAUGAUUUGAAUGGAAAAAUACCACAAUUUUUAAAAGAAGGUAUUAUAACAGAAGAAACAAUUCUGAAUAAAAUUAAUGAAUAUAUGAAUAAUAGCCGUAAUGCUAAUGUUACAUUACGUUGGAUUAUGUUACAUACGGUAACUAUGCAAGGUGAUUUUAUUGAUACACAUCAUUCAAUGAAACGUUGUCGUCAGAUUCGUGAACAAAUUAUUACCGAAUUAAAAUUCAAUUCAAUUGAAUUGUUUCAUUUAUUAUUGAAUACAUCGGAAUUUGAAUUACGUAUUAGAGAUAUUUAUAAACAAAUUCUACAGAAUCGUAAUGAUAAAGUGAAUAAAUAUCGUGAAGAAUCUUGUAGUCGAAUCAAAGAAUUGGCCGAAGUUUUUUCCGGACAAAAACCAUUAAGUCGUAUUGAACCGAAUGCAAAUCUACAGAAUUGGUUUGAAAAUUUUGCUAAAAAAAUUGAUGAUAUUCAUUUGAAAACUGGUGAUGAUAAUGAUAUUGAUGAUAGAAAUCAGGCCAAUCAAAUGUCAAGAAAAUUAGUACAGCUUAUUAAAUCAUUGGAAGAAAUUCAAGAACUUGGACAAUUAGAAAGUAAUCUACAGGUGAAACAAUGUUUAUGUGAAACACAUAAUUAUCUUUGUUUAAUGAUCAAAACGAUUGGCAUUCGAGAUGAAAUUUUAAUCACACAACAGAUUAUUGCCGAUCUUUCAUAUGCAUGGCGUAUUAUUGAUGAUUGUUUUACACAAUUUAUGCAAGAAGGAAUUAAAAAAGAUCCAAGUUUAGUUGCAAAACUUCGUGCAGCAUUUUUAAAACUUGCCUCAGCAUUAGAUUUACCAUUGUUAAGAAUAAAUCAGGCUCGAUCACCAGAUUUAAUAAUGGUAUCACAAUUUUAUUCAUCCGAAUUAGUUUCCUAUGUACGUAAAGUAUUGCAUAUUAUUCCGGAAACAAUGUUUACAUUGAUGGCUAAUAUAAUCAACAUACAAACAAAUACAUUACGUGAAUUACCAACACGUUUAAUGAAAGAUCAAUUAAAAAAUUAUGCACAAUUAGAUGAACGUUAUGAAAUUGCUCGAUUAACACAUUCAAUAUCGGUUUUUACUGAAGGUAUAUUAGCAAUGAAAACAACAUUAGUAGGUGUUAUACAGAUUGAUCCGAAAAAAUUAUUAGAAGAAGGUAUACGAAGAGAAUUAGUACGACAAGUUGUUGAUGCAUUUCAUAAUACAAUUGUAUUUAAUUCCAAAUCAAAAACUAUUGAAAUUCAUUCAAAAUUGGAAGAAUUAAAACGAAUAAUGGAUGGUUUCCGACGUACAUUCGAAUAUAUACAAGAUUAUGUUUGUAUAAAUGGUUUGAAAAUGUGGCAAGAAGAAUUAUCACGUAUAAUUAAUUAUAAUGUUGAACAAGAAUGUAAUGCAUUUAUGAAACAAAAAGUACUUGAUUAUCAAUCAUUAUAUCAAUCAAAAUCGGUACCAAUACCAAAAUAUCCACCAUUAGAUCAACAAUCAACAAAUUUUAUUGGUCGUAUUGUACAAGAAUUAACACGAAUAACAAAUUAUCAUACAACAAUCUAUGUAUAUGGUAUUUCAACAUGGUAUGAUCAACGAACACGUUCAGAAUUGAUUGAUUCGAAAUUAUUUUCAUUAAUAUUGAAAAAUUUUGGUGUAUCCGGUACAAAUGGUUUGGACAGGCUGGUUUCAUUUCAAAUUGUUGCCGAAUUAAAUUCAAUUAUUCGUAUGAUUGAUAUGAAUUUUACACGUAGUAAAUCAACAACAGAAUGUUUUGCCAUUAUUGAUAAUUAUCUAAAUAAUGAAACACCGAAUGGUAUUAUAACUUCAAAAAGUUUUGUUGCUUAUUAUCUGCCUAUGAUGAAUCGUUUAGCGAAAAUUCUUGCCAAAUUAGCUAAAUCGAUUGGACAUGUUGGACAAUUACAAAUUAUUCGUCAAAAUCUUUGCUAUGAAUUACGAAUGGCAUCAAAAUUUCAUGCACGACAAUUAUCAUCAGCACUGGAAGUACUGAACAAUUCAUUGAUUGCAGAUUUUCAAAAACAAUCAUAUAAAAUCAUCAAUGAUGAAUCAUUAGAAGCUACAGAAAAACUUUCAUCAAUUUUUAAAGAUGAAAGUCCACUUUUAUUUGAAUUAUCUAAUUAUCUUGAAUAUAAUGGCCAAUCCGAACCAUUGCUCAAGAUUUACACUAAAAAUCGUUUGCCACCAAAUUUCGAAAGCAUAUUAUUAUUAUUGCUUAUAUCACAGAUGCCAAAAUUUAUCUAUGUUAAAGAUAUUAAUGCAUUAACAUCAUCUAUAUCUAGUCAGAAAAAUAAUGAAUCAAUCGAUGGUAUACCAUUCACUUUUGGCAUAUUGACCAUAUUACGACAAUUUCAUAAUGAUUUGGCUAUACGUUUUUUUCGUUUCAGUUCACAAUUUGUUAAUGCUUGUAUUCAGGCAGCUCAUUCCCCGAAUCAACAAAAACAAGAAAUUCCAAUCGAAGCAUUAAACAUGUUACAAUUUUUACAUCAUUGUUGUAUAUUUGGUGGUUAUAAACGUAAAUUAAUUACACAAUAUUUACCUGAUACAAUAUUUGAUCAAUUUCUUGGCCUUGGAUUGUAUUCAUUUGCUAAAUAAUUUUU